AUGUCCAACAGCAGCUCCCUCAACGAGUUCCUCCUCCUGGCUUUUGCGGACACGCGGGAGCUGGAGCUCUUGCACUUCUCGCUCUUCCUGGGCAUCUACCUGGCUGCCCUCCUGGCAGAGUAUUCUCUUAUCACAGUCAUGGCCUAUGACCGCUACAUUGCCAUCUGCAAACCCCUGUACUACAAGACCCUCAUGGACAGCAGAGCUUGUGUCCAAAUGGCAGCAGCUGUCUUGGGCAGCGGUUUUCUCUGUUCUGUGCUGCACACUGCUAACACAUUUUCAAUACCACUCUGCCAAGGCAAUAUCGUGGAUCAGUUCUUCUGUGAGAUUCCCCAGAUCCUCAGACUCUCGUGCUCAGACUCCUAUCCUGGGGAAGCUGUGGUUCUUGUGGUUGGUGCCUGUUUAUCUUCAGGGUGUUUCGUUUUCAUUGUGCUGUCCUACAUGCAGAUCUUCACAGUUGUGCUGAGGAUCCCCUCUGAGCAGGGCCGGCACAAAACCUUUUCCACGUACCUCCCGCACCUGGCCGUGGUCUCCCUGUAUGUCAGCACUAUCAUGUUUGCCCACCUGAAGCCUCCCUCCCUCUCCUGCCCAGCUGUGGAUCUGGUGGUGGCUGUUCUGUACUCAGUGGUGCCUCCAGCAGUGAACCCCCUCAUCUACAGCCUGAGGAACAAGGAACUCAAGGAGGCACUGAGGAAAAUGGUUCAACUGGGACUAGUUCAGCAGCUAUAA